AUGGUCUCUGUUGUUUCCGUCGCUCCAAGAACGGCAAUUGGCAAUUUGCGAGAUUCUUUGGCAUUAAAGGCAGUGGACACUCAUCCCUAUGCAGGAACACUUUUUGUGAACUUCCUCGAUCAACGAACCUCACUAUUUCAGCUGCACACUAAAGCUGCACAGUUCUCCAGAUUACAGACUUAUGUGACAAGUGACGACAAGCAGUUUGUGGCAGCAACAAUUCAGGCCAUCGGCCGAUGUGCAUCUAACAUUGAUGAAGUGUCUGAUGCUUGUUUGGCAGGAUUAAUGAGUCUUGUAUCACAUCGUGAUGAGGUUAUAGUGGCUGAAAGUGUUGUUGUUAUUAAGACACUGCUUCAAAUGAGGCCUUCAGAACAAAAGGAAUCAAUUAUUCAAAUGGCAAAAUUGGCUGACAGGGUGCAGGUCCCAAUGGCUAAAGCAAGUAUUCUCUGGUUAAUUGGAGAAUAUUCAGACAGAAUGCCAAAGAUUGCUCCAGAUGUUCUAAGAAAGAUUGCCAAGACAUUUCCUAAUGAGGAAGAUAUUGUGAAGCUGCAGGUUCUAAAUCUGGCAGCAAAACUGAGUCUCAGUAACCCUAAACAAACAAAGCUCCUCUGUCAAUAUGUGUUGAAUAUGGCCAAGUAUGACUUGAAUUAUGACAUCCGUGAUAAAGCAAGAUUCCUUAGAACAUUGCUUGUUCCAUCAGAGAAGACACCUCUCAGCAAAUAUAGCAAGAAGAUGUUUCUAGUAACGAAACCUGCUCCAAUUCUUCAGUCAGCUUUCAAAGACCGUGAACAGUGGCAAAUGGGUUCUCUCUCCCAUAUGCUAAAUAGUCAAGCUAAUGGCUACAAACCUUUGCCUAAUUUUCCUGAAGAACCACCGGACCCUUCUGUGCGAAAUGUUGAGGUCGAAAUGCCAUGGCAAUCUUCUGAGAAAAUAAGAUUGAAGAAGAAGAAGCGUGCUAAGACUGGUUUAGAUGCUUUUUAUGACUCAGAGUCAUCAGAAGUCUCAGAGAGUGAGUCAGAUGAAUCAGAAUCUGGAUCAGGAUCUGGCUCUGAAGAAAGCAGUGGAGAUGAGACAGACAGUGAAGCUACUUCUAGACAAGAGUCAGAAGAUUCGGAAGAGAUUAGUGACAGUGAUGAAGAGACAGAGUCAUCAGAAGAAAGCAGUGAGAAUGGUGAAGAGUCAGUGACAAGUGAAGAUGACAAAGCAAAAAAGAAAGCAAAACCAAGCAAGCCACUCCCAACUAAAGAUUCUAAGAGAAGUAGAGAAGAAAAGUCAACCUCAAAAGGAAACCCAGAGAAAGAAUUACAGCUACUUGAUUUAGAUGACUUUAUGGGAGGCAGCUCAGCAGCAGCAGCAGCAGCAACAACAUCUGCUGUUUCUGGGUCUAUGUUACAACCCACACUAUCAUCAGAACUAAACUCACUGUCUCUUACAGAAUCACAGACUGUGAAGCUUGUGACAUCAAGCUACUCUCCUCAACUUUCAAUUGAGCUGCUGCAUCGAAUUGCAGGCAAAGGGCUGUCGGCAACGUAUCGAUUCACAAGGAAGGGACAUCUCUUCUCAGAAACAAUGGUAGAUUUAGAAGUAACAUUUACAAACAAGGGUAUUAAUGACAUUGAAGAUAUCACUAUUGGUGAGAAGAGACUGAGUACAAAAAUGGAAAUUCAUGAAUUUCCUUCUAUUGCAUUACUUGCUGUUGGUGAAUCUGUGUCAGUCAGUUUGGGAGUGAAUUUCAAUGAUACAACUAACCCUGCAAAAUUUGACAUUUGCACGAAGACAAGCAAGGUUUCAGUGCAGAUUGACUCUCGUGUUGGUGAGCAGGUUCGAGGCAUUGUUUUGGCUCAGUCAUCAUUUCUUUCUAUGCAAGGCAAAUUAACUGGAAUGAAUGAAAGUGUUGUCAAGGUGACAUUUCCAGAAACUGUGCUUGAUCCUGCCGUUCUUUCAUCUCGUGUGAUUGAAGCUGCUGAUGUGGCACCUGUUCAGUAUCCAUCUGUCUCUGAAGGGCAAACUGUCUUUAGAUUUGCUGGUCAGACGUACUCUGACCAAGUGGCGGUUUUGGUGACCGUGGAAGUGACAAAUGAGGCCCACACGGGUCGAAUUGUUGUCAACUGCGAGAAGAUGGUUAUCGGGUCAAUGCUAGCAAAAGAAAUCAAGACUGUUCUAAUGAAACCGUAGCGUAGCGCACUAGUUCUUUAGAUACUGGGGCACGUUUUCCAUGUUCUACAGUAAAUGUCCACUAAUAGACUAUUCUUGAACUCUUGAGCUCAUGUCACAAGAUUUUUUGAAAGUGCAAGAACUAAAAGGCUACUUGUGAUUUUGAUAUCUAACUUCUAGUUUUUUGUUCACUAGAACUGGAUUAUGCAUGGCUGCCUAAGCUUGACACGAAGAAGCUUUAAUAGCUUU